AUGUCCAAUCUUACAGCUCUCGAGACGUUAGAUAUUUCUUUCAACCUUAUUGAAACAAUUCCUAAGUUGUUUCUGAAGUCACAGAAGGAACUAAUUGUACUGUCUGCAAGAGGAAAUAUCCUUGAAGAUUUUAAUGUUGAUAUACGUCACAUGACCAAACUUAGAAAAUUAGAUUUAAAACGGAACAGGAUCAGGACACUUUCAGAAAAAACGUGUGCGGAUUUAGAGAAAAUUUCGCAACGCAGCAGCGAUAACGUAAACAGCGCAUCUAGGAAAAUUUUGUUUGUUAACCUCAGAUCUAACUCUAUCGAGUGUUCGUGCACCAAUAUUAGGUUUGUGAAAUGGUUAUACAACUAUUUUGGGUCCAACUCUACUUUGGCUGUGAAUGUAUCUUACUGCGUACAGGAUGAUGAAAAUCAUACACAUAUGACCUUGGAUUCCCGGAAUAGACUCGGAGCGAUAGUGGACAACUUGGAGCAUAAAUGUCGGUCAUAUACCGCUCUAAUUAUUGGACUAUCUAUUGCAGUAGCAUUCAUUGUAAAUGUUAUUUUAGGUAUCAUUGUUCACAGAUACCGAUGGAAGCUACGAUAUUGGUACUAUGUUGUUUUUGACAAGAGGACUGUUAGAAGAGGAGAUUAUGAGCUUAUCGAUGAACCGAGAUUCAAGUACGAUGUGUUUGUUGCGUCCUCAGAUGAUCAAAAAGAGUUUGUCAUUGAUAAACUUCGGCCUGCUUUUAAACAGAAUGGAUUAACUGCAUUUAUCUCUGUUUACCACAUCAACUUUGGCAACAAUUUGGUAAAUGUUAUUGGAAAGGCAAUAAAUGAAAGUAGCGUAGUUUUGUUCGUUUUCUCAGAUGAAUGGUCGAGUGAUGACUGUAUGAAAAUUGCCUUACAUAUGUGGCAGUGUGACAUGGUACACCGUAAUGGGCCUGCAGUGAUUGGUAUCAACCUGGACACAUUGAGAGGCAGGGAUGUCGAGAUGGUCCGAGAAAUUUACUGCCAACACUUUAUUGACUAUCCAAACGGAACUGAUGAGGAAGAGCAAGAGGCAUUCUGGAGGGAUUGUGCAAAAACAAUAAGAGAACAAAAAGAUGCGCAGUGA